CGGUAUGACUAGCUAAAACAAAAUUUUAAAAUUAAAUUACUUGCAAGUCCAUUUUCAAAAAAAAAAAAAAAAAAAAAAUUACUUGUAAGCGCAUCAAUCCAUAAGCAAUAAUGUUAGUCAAAAAGCUUGAAUAUCAACUAAAAUAUAUACAAUAUCUUUACCAAAUCCUGCCAAAUGAGUAUAUCAAAGGAGUAUUUAUAGUUUAAUUUAUUUUACUUUGAAUAUGCAAACGCCCGCCGACUACAUAGACGUCUCCGAUUCUAUAAAUUGCACUCAAACUCAUAAAGACGAGCAUAUCAAAUACUAUUUCACAACAUUGCAAAGAUAAAACAAGAAGCAAAAUGUCGUCUGAAUGUCCUGGGAAGACCUCAUGGCCGGAGCUUGUGGGAACAAAUGGAGACUAUGCGGCUUCGGUGAUCGAAAGGCAGAACUCGAGAGUCAACGCAGUCGUGAUUUUGGAUGGAUCUCCGGUGACUGCAGACUUCAGGUGCGACCGGGUCUGGGUCAGGGUUGAUAAAGAAGUUGAAGGUAUCGUCGUCAAAACCCCUACCAUCGGUUAGACUUCUAUACGGACCAAGUUGAUACUAUUUUUAUUUAAUCUGAAUAAAAUACUAUGUACAAUGCAUAGUUGAUUGUUGGUUUGGUUAUGAAUCUAUGAUGUAAGUUAUCCUUUGCGUGAAUUAUCUCGGCUUUCGUUACCUGAACGGUUACUAAUGUCCAAAGUUACAAAUAAAUGUUUGUAUAAAGGUAAUGGUUGCAAGUGAAUAAUAUUCAUGUCCUACUUAGAACUUAGUACUUAAGAACGCUAGGGAUCAGCAUUGAAUUUAUAUAAGAUCAUCUUAUAUU